AGGCAGAUACCUUAAUAAACUGCAGGUUUUAUUCUCCAACUAGCAGUUUUUUGGCCUUGUUUUCUGGUCUUUUCUAUCUCAUUCUAUUUAAAGCAUUAUGUCAUUAGUGGUUCUUUCAAAGCAAUGUUGCUAAGAAACAACCCAUCUAUUGGAACUCAGCAGGAAAAUGAAUUCUUUUUUCAUUUAUUUUGUGUUUUUGAUCUUCUGACUUGGAUUGUAAUUAGUUGAUCGGCAUUGGUUUUGCUGUUUUGAGACCUUUAACAGAAAAAGAGAAUUUCCUCUUUUAAAUGGACUGAUUUGUAUUACACGGUAAGCAUAACACAAGUGAAUGGAUGCACACAAAUCCUCAUUUGUCUCUGCAGCGUUGAAUAGAGUAGCUGACAUGAUUCUAGAUUUGUCCGUCUCAGUUUUUUCAGCUUUUGCGCCAACUUCAGCCUCUGUGAUCCUGAUUUUACAAACUGAGCACAAAAGAGUAGUUUCACUCAUUCUGCAGGCGGGAGGCGUUACGCUGCUCCACAAGCUGAGCAUCCGUUUUUGUUUUUUUUUAACCUGCUGCGUUUGCUCGACACCUUCAAUCCCAGAAAGGAGAGACAGGAGCAAAGGGAGAGAAUUAAGGAAGUGUGCAGAUGUGGAUAUCUUGGAUCAGUUUCCAGCUUGUUUUUUUUUAACAUGAGGGAUGACACAGGAAGGAUCUUGGCGUUAAACUGCUGAGUCACACUCUCGUUUGCCCAAAUGUUGUGUGAAGGCACAUCACAGCCAGCCUGCAUCCCUCGGCAUCCUGCUUGAGAGUUUCUCUGAUAACGUCAGCAGACAGCAUCAUACAGGGGAGGUUCAGAGGCUGCGCCUGGCUCUGUUUGGAUACUGACUCAUAGCUGAACGGUUUCCAGGAGUGAGCUAAGAGGAAGACCACACAAAGAUUACCGGAGAAGAGUGCUGAUGGCACUGACAGAGCUGUUUGAGACCAGGACCCCCUCUCUGGAGACAUGGCCUUUGGAGCUUGAUGUUCUGGGAUUCCCAGAAGCUCGGGGAGAAGAAAACAGCACGGCAGAGAGAUGCUUCCACUCACAUUCUCGCAGCAGCGUCCUCCAGGGUCUACCAUUUGGCGGGGUUCCUACAGUCCUCGCCAUCAACGUGGUGCUUUGGAUGUUUUUGCUGCUGAUCUUUUCCUGCCUGAGGAAGGCUGCAUGGGACUAUGGACGCUUGGCUUUGCUAAUGGAAAAUGACAGUCUUACAUCCUUGUUUUAUGGAGAACCAAGUGAAAAAGAGAAGACUCCCUCAGAAACCAGCCCCUCAGACUCUGACACCAAAGACAUGGGUUUCUGCUCGUGGCUUUUGUCUCUUUAUUAUAUGAAGGAUGGGGAGAUCCGUAGCAAAUGUGGCAUUGAUGCCGUCACAUACCUGUCCUUCCAGCGCCACAUCAUCCUGCUCAUGACUGUGGUUUCCCUGCUCUCCUUGGCUGUGAUCCUGCCAGUCAACUUUUCCGGAAACCUCCUUGGUGACAGUCCUCAAAACUUUGGAAGGACAACUCUGGCCAAUGUUAGUGCAAAGGAUAAUUUUCUGUGGCUGCACAGCAUCUUCGCCCUGGUUUACUUCAUCAUCACAAUGCUGUGCAUGGCUCACCAUGCGAUACGCCUGGAGUACAGAGAAGAUGAGAAGGUUGCCAGGACUCUGAUGAUAACCUCCAUACCCAGAGAGAUCUGUGACCCGGGACUCAUCACCAAACACUUCCAUGAGGCCUACCCCAGCUGCACUGUGACCGACAAUCGCUUUUGCUUUGAUGUUCACAAGCUGAUAAAGCUGGAUUUAGAGAGGCGCAAAGCAAUGAAAGGCAGACUGUAUUUUACCACCAAGGCCCAAAAGGAGGGAAAGAUCAUGAUCAAAACCCAUCUGUGUGCUCAUAUAUUCGGCUGUGACAUAUGUGGCUUUGAAAGAGUGGAUGCAGAGCAAUACUACAGCGAGUUGGAGGAGAAGCGGACCGAUGAAUUCAAUGCAGAGAAGAGCCGCAUCUCCUUGAAGAGGCUGGGCAUUGCCUUUGUGACUUUUCGAGACGAGAGGAUGACAGCUGUAAUUGUGAAGGACUACAGUCGUGUGCGCUGUCGCCGGAGACCCCAGCAGUCCAGCAUCACCACUGUGGUGCAGUCCCACAAAUGGGGUGUGAGCUAUGCACCUGCCCCCAGUGACAUCAUCUGGGAAAACCUGUCAGUGUGCGGGUCUCGCUGGUGGCUACGUUGCGUCCUCCUCAACAUCCUCCUCUUCCUGCUGCUCUUCUUCCUCACCACCCCCGCCAUCAUUGUCAACACCAUGGACAAGUUCAAUGUCACAAGGCCUGUGGAGAGUCUGAGGAGCCCGGUUAUCACCCAGUUCCUCCCAACCCUCCUGCUUUGGGCGUUUUCAGUGCUCCUGCCCUUCAUCGUCUACUACUCCGCCUUCUUUGAGUCCCACUGGACCAGGUCUGGUCAGAAUCAAGUAACAAUGCAUAAGUGUUUUCUGCUGCUGGUCUUCAUGGUCAUCAUCCUCCCUUCUCUAGGCUUAUCCAGUCUUGACCUCUUCUUCACUUGGCUCUUUGAUGUCAACUUCCUGGAAGAGAAGGAAGUCAAAUUUCAGUGUGUCUUCCUUCCGGACAAUGGCGCGUUUUUUGUGAACUACGUGAUCACAUCCAGUCUAAUCGGCACUUCUAUGGAGUUACUGCGCAUACCGGCGCUGACAGUGUAUGCCUUCCGCCUCUGCUUUGCAAAGUCCCAGGCUGAGAGGAUUCAUGUGAAGAAGAGUCAAGCCUACGAGUUCCAGUUUGGCCUGGAGUACGCCUGGACUAUGUGUAUCUUUGCUGUCAGUAUGACCUACAGCAUCACGUGCCCCAUCAUUACACCUUUUGGUCUACUUUAUGCGAUCCUGAAACACAUGGUUGACCGAUACAACAUCUACUAUGCAUACAUUCCCACAAAACUCAACCAGCGCAUCCACAGAGCCGCCACCAGCCAAGUCAUUGUGGCGCCUAUCCUCUGCAUAUUUUGGCUGCUCUUCUUCUCUGUUCUGAGAUUGGGUCCAGUGCAUCCUAUCACCAUCUUCACUUUAGUUUCUCUGAUCUCCUGUAUUGCCUGUUGCCUUUUCCGACUGUGCCUUAGGAAGACACCAGACAAGUCAACAAGCUACCAGAUGUCUGAUCAACCAGCAGAUGCGACUUUCACAGAUGCAGACAGGAGCACUGUGACAUCCACCACCGCCUCCAGUCUGUUUGUGGCGUCUGUCCUGCUGGAGCCAGAGUUGGCGUUAACGCCAAUGCCCUCCCCAGCUCACCACAGCUACGGCGCCCUGUCCAGCUCUCAGAGUUCAAAUCACAGCCCCGUGGCAGAGGGCGAGGGCGAGGAGGGCCGUGCCCAAACCCGUGAAACUGAGCUUCAGGAGCCUGCAGACACCCACUGCUCCAGCCCUCUCAUGGACAGCCCUGUGGGCUACCAGUAACACCCAAAACUGAUGUCAACACAUCCUUUAGUUGGUAAACAGACAAUUAAAGGCUGCAAUGAUGAGUUUUGACCCAACACUCAGAGGCUGCAGCUUGAAGGGCUUGACUGAGCAGGUGAAUAACCUGACAGCAGGAGGAACUGAGAGCACCGAGGAGAUGAUUCAAAAAAUGGCAGUUGGUCAAAACAGUGCUUGUCAUAAAUGCAUCAGUCUUAACAGCCAACAAUAUCAAGCUUGUACAGAUUAUUCCAGUUUACCUACCAGAUGUUCUGUGAUUGUGUUUCUUCUUUAUUUGCCUAAGAAAGGCAUACAGUAGACAUGCUUUGCUAUUUGGAUUUGAGUGGAAGUGAAAGCUCCCAUCAAAGUAGAUGGUGUGAGCAGGCUCGCCCCGGCAGACUGACAGAGCGGUCUGGGCACGGGUGAUAUGUGGUUCCUCUGUGAGGCUGAGGGUGAGGGCAGAUAGUUGUGAAGCCAUCUGCAGUGAGAGAGCAGACAGACGGAGGACUGGAUGUAAUUUAUGUACAAUCUCUCUCCACAGAAGCAUAAGCAGCUUGACUGAGCCUGAAGCUCAUUUUAAUUGUUUUUAAUUUAGCUGUUCUAUUUUGCUUUAGAGUUUUUUGUGUUGUUAAUGUUGUGCUUUGGGGAUAGGGUGGGGAUGCAAGUCCCACACAGCAUUUCCUUUAUUGAAAUAUUGUUUAUUUUGUAAAUUUUGUGUAAAUGGCCUAAUCGAGUUUGUAUCUUAUUUUAAUGAGAAGUUUUGUUUUUUUAAAUAAAGGGUUAUUUACCUUUUCUUCAGAGUUCACACACGAAUGUUACAAUGAAAAUAGAGGAAUUGCCUUAUUUUAUGUGGUUUAAAUAGAAAAACAAUUAAGUUGGGAAAAAUUGCAUAAUAUUUUAAACUAAAUUAAAGGAAUUAUUAAAGUAAUUUUCAACAGACAAAAAAAAAUAUCAAUUCAUGCAAACAGCAAAAGAAAGGCUAACAACAGAAACCCUCCAAUCAUCUCUUGAUCUAUCUUAAAACAAUUCCCAGUGGUCUAUUAUAUAUGAUUAUGCUGUUUUAAUUUAGCCAAAAUACAAAAAACUGUGUCAUUUUAGAACAUAGUUUCUCCCAUCAUCCCUUUCUUUACACUCUCUCCGUACAGUUUUAAGACAGAUUCCUGCUUGGACAAGGAAAGCAGGGAGCUUGUGGCUUGCCUUCACAUGGCCUAUGUCACAUCUACAAGCUUUUUCAAACAACAUUUCUUCAUCUGAUCCUGAUUCACAACAAUUCGAAUAAAUAAACACACAGAAACACAAUUUUAAACAAAAUUUUCUUUAUGUCCUUCAUCGUGGAAAAAAAUGCUACGAGAACAUGUUAGAAACGCAUUUCAUCCUAUAUUUCUAUCUACUUGCUGUCUACAGAAGCAAUUAGGUUUUGCCAUGUUAGAGUUUAAAAUCUCUAACAUGGCAAAAACCAAAAGAAAAGUUCGAGGAUGUCAGACAUAUCAUUCUUGGCGUCAACUCAGCUGUGGAACAUCCUCCAUCAGACAUGGCGGUGGUAGCAUGCUUUUAGGUGUUAUUCUGGAAAACAUAAAGGACAAAAAAAAUGUAUUAAUGAAGGGGGGGCAUCUAUUUUAUAUCUUUUGCUCAGUCAGGGAAUUGGAAAUGGGAGGGGUUAAAGAAGAAGGUUCUGGAGUGGAGUCCCCAGACCCUGAUUCCACUGAAAAUUAAUGUAGGGAGCUGAAGUCUGGGGUUUUCAGCCAUAAGGAAUAAAUUUAUUACAGAAAUAUGUGCAAUCCAAAGAAAUGUCUACCGAGGAGAGCUCUUGACGUCAAAUCCUUAAUUUCUGGUAAAUUACAUCUUUUAAUGUGUUUCUUGAGCCAUUUUGCUAAAGUCUCUCCCUCUUUAAAUUAAAUCAACAUUGCAGAUCUAUUUUAGUUAGUAAGCAAAUGUACAAAACCAGAAAAGGAUCAACAUAAUUUGUUUCCCUUUUUUUUUACAUCAAAGUAGCUCCAAAAAUGUUUACACAAUUUUUCAGAUGUAAAAAAUAUGGGCACAAUAUUGCAUAGAAAAUGUGAAAAUAUUUUGAAGAAUGUGAUCAUAUUGGUUAUAAAGUGAAACUUUGAAAUGGAUUCAUCGUCUGUUAAAACUGAAGCCAAUAUGUUUGCAAUAUUAUGGUGAAAAUUUAGAGAAGUUAUGUUUGCUGUUUGCCACCUUCUUUACUGUAUGUCCAAUCAUUUAUUCCCAUGCUGCUAAAACAAUAAAUUUCAAACAUCACCAAUCUU